AACUACCAGUACUCCCCCAACAUUUCAUUGUCGGUUUAUACCGAACCUGCGAAUACUGUCAACAUCAUGGCGGACUUCGAGGCUCUUGUCAACAAGGCGUGUGAUGCGAAGGAGAUUCCUGGCUGCGUCGUGACAGCCACUGAUCGCGAGGGAGCAUUUAAAUACGCCAAAGCGUUUGGAACCACCUCGCCAAUACCCGAGAAGGCGAAGCCCAUGGAGCUCAACAGUGUAAUGUGGAUUGCAUCAUGCACCAAGCUCAUGACCUCUCUGUGCGCCAUGCAGCUCGUCGAGCGGGGUCUUGUCACGCUGGAUGAGCCUGUAUACAAGCAUAUCCCCGAACUAGAAUCCUUCCCCAUAAUCAAGAAAUGGACCGACGCCGGAGAACCCAUUGAAGCAAAGCACACCAAGCCCAUCACGCUACGCACGCUGCUAACACACACAAGCGGCUUCGCAUACGAGUUUACCGAUCCCAAGGCCAUGGCCUGGUCCAAGUACCACAAUCGCAUGCCAGGAGCUAGUGGAAAACUGCUCGAGCGCUUCGACUGCCCAUUGCUUUUCGAACCCGGCGACAGCUGGACGUACGGACCCGGAAUCGACUACGCUGGCCUGCUCAUCGAACGCAUCACCAAGCAGCGGCUCCAGGAAUACAUGAAAGAGAACCUGUGGGGCCCGCUGGGCAUCAGCGACAUGACGUUUUUCCUUUCUGAACGUCCAGACAUGGCGGAACGCUUGGUGGAUAUGAACGAGCGUGACGCUGAAUCUGGAAACAUGAAGCUUUGCAUGUGGCCGAAGCUAUGGGAGGACGGAAAGGGCAAAGAGAUAACCGAUUGCCUGGGGGGUCAGGGUGUCUUCAUGGCUGCAGACGAGUAUGUCAAAGUGCUGAAAGCAGUGCUGGAGUGCGACAACGGUGGCGACGGCAACAUCCUAUCCAAGGCUUCUGUCGAGGAGCUCUUCAGGCCGCAGCUGGGCGAAGAAAGCAAGAAAGCGCUGGCAGGAGUGCUAAAAGAUCCGAGUCUCAGCAACAACUUGGGUGGUUUAGCCGUUGGACAACCCCUAGACCACGGCCUCGGUGGCAUCCUCUUCAUGGACGAUGGUCCGGAAAAGAAAGCAGGCACUCUGGCCUGGGGCGGGUACCCCAAUCUCUCGUGGUGGAUUGACCGCAAGACGGGAUAUGCUGGCAUCUACGCAAACCAGAUCCUGCCCUUGGGAGACGAAAAAGUGUGCAAGACGCAGCAAUUGUUUUCAAAGACCAUGUACGAGAGGCUGGAAAAGCAGAGGGCAGAUGCAAAGUUGUAAAGUCAGUGAGUGAGAAGCCGGUUGUGAAGGGUGGCGUGUCUAGACACAAGGCGAGCGAGAGGGGGGGGGGGCACUGUUGAAGCAAAAUAUAACAAAAUUUAUCAUCAUUGGGAUAGCGGAAACAGCUGCUUUCGAUGCUC